CAGCAGCAUCGUGGCUGCUGCGGCUGGGCUGUGUCUGGUCCUUCAGUGCCUCCCAGGACUCAGUGCCACCGCCCCUUCCUCCCAGGAGAGCUGAGCCUGGGGGACGCUCCCUGCUGCUCUGACAGCUCCCCGCUGCUCUGACAGCUCCCAGCCAGAAUUUGGGGGCUCUACGGAGCCUGCUCCUGAGGAAGUCGCCAAGGCCCAGAGGCUCAAGGAUGGAGCCCCUCUUCCCCGCCCCCUUCUGGGAGGCUCUCUACAGCAGCCACCUGCAGGCCAACCUGUCCCUUCCGGGCUACAACCACAGCAUGCUGGGCCCAGCGCUGCUGCUUAAUGACACCCGAGACAGCGCCUUUCUGCCCCUGGGUCUCAAGGUCACCAUCGUGGGGCUCUACCUGGCCGUGUGUGUAGGGGGCCUGCUGGGGAACUGUCUCGUCAUGUACGUCAUCCUCAGGAGCCUGAAUUCUCACAAGGGCUCUGAGCAGUGCCUGAGGGAGCCACAAAGGCCCAGCCCUGGGCUGCCCGAGCAGCUGAGGACCCUUCAGAAGUCCCCCUCUCUGGCCCUCUGCAGACACACCAAGAUGAAGACAGCCACCAACAUCUACAUAUUCAACCUGGCCCUGGCAGACACCUUGGUACUGUUGACCCUGCCCUUCCAGGGAGCAGACGUCCUCCUGGGUUUCUGGCCUUUUGGGAACAUCCUGUGCAAGGUGGUCAUUGCCAUUGACUACUACAACAUGUUUACCAGCACCCUCACGCUCACCGCAAUGAGUGUGGACCGCUAUGUGGCCAUCUGCCAUCCCAUCCGUGCACUUGACAUGCGCACAUCGAGCAAGGCUCAGGCCGUCAACGUGGCCAUCUGGGCCCUGGCCUCUCUCGUUGGCAUCCCGGUGGCUGUCAUGGGUUCGGCACAGAUGGAGGAUGAAGAGAUCGAGUGCCUGGUGGAGAUCCCAACUCCACAGGACUACUGGGGACCCGUGUUCGCCAUCUGCAUCUUCCUCUUCUCCUUCGUUAUCCCGGUGCUCAUCAUCUCCGUCUGCUAUAGUCUCAUGAUCAGGCGUCUACGUGGAGUGCGGCUGCUGUCAGGCUCCAGGGAGAAGGACCAGAACCUUCGACGCAUCACGCGACUGGUGUUGGUGGUGGUGGCCGUGUUUGUGGGCUGCUGGACUCCUGUCCAGGUCUUUGUGCUGGUGCAGGGACUUGGUGUACAGCCAGACAGCGAGGCUGCGGUGGCAGCCCUGUGCUUCUGCACCGCCCUCGGCUAUGUCAACAGCUGCCUCAACCCCAUCCUCUAUGCCUUCCUGGACGAGAACUUCAAGGCCUGCUUCCGCAAGUUCUGCUGUGCCUCUGCCCUGCGCAGGGAGGCCCCGGUGUCGGGCUGUGUGCGCAGCAUCGCCAAGGAUGUGGGCCUUGGCUGCAAGACGUCAGAGACGGUGCCACGGCCUGCAUGACUAGGCGUGGGCCUGCCCUUGGUGCCUGUCAGCCCGCAGAGCCCGUCCACACCCAACACGGAACUCACGCAGGUUACUGCCCUCUAGGCUGAGAACUCUAUGUUUGGGGACUUAGCACAGGCCAGAGUUCUAUACCUGCCCCUGUGGCGUGUCUCUGGAGCCUCCCGGACUCCAAGAUGUCUAUGGCAGGCAAGUGUGUUUGGGACACUAUAUCCUGAUGUCAUGCUGCUUUCCAUGCCUCAUGCAUCUGCAUGGGUCUCUGCACAUCUGAGCAGCUGUGUGUCUGACACCCAGGGUGACCAGCCUUGGAGGGGACUCUGCUCUGGUCACUCGUCUGCAUAUACCCUUCCCUGCAGAUGAGGCCUUCUCUCAGGCAGGGCUGAUUACCACAAGAGCCCAUGUCCCAGGUUUCAUGGCGGGGUCCCAGGAAGGUGGACCUGCCCAUGUCCGUGCCAUUCUCAGUUUCAUGGCUGGCACCGGUGCUUGUAUGGACCUGGAAGGCAUGUUUGUAAGGGCAGAUCUAUCUGUGUUUGCAGUGACAGAGCCCUGAUGGCUGAUAGGCCCCCAAGUCUGUAUGGGGGUUCGAGCUUCCGGCUACCUGAACUCACCACCCUAACAGUGCCAUACAGGCUCAGUAGGUGUACGGGCGUUUCAGGACGAGGGAGGCCGGCCUGGCUGCACCGAGCCAGCUUAAGAGGACUCGGUUGUGGACACCCAGGAGUCAUGGACACUUUAACUGUGGACAUUUACCCUUUGUGGAUAUUCAAAGGGUGAUGGACACCCUUGGGGGGCCUUGGACACCCCCAGAACUGUAGAUAUUAGUGGGUAUGGAUGCCCUGCGACUGGAUGCCCCGGAAUUAUGGCCACUCGGGGCCAUGGCCACUGGGGCCAUACUCUUCCCUGUCACAGGUGGGCUUCACAAUCCCCUUAAACAUGCAGACCCCAUGUCUGUGUGCAGAUGGGCAGCCGUCCCUGCCGAGGGGACAAUCAUAGCAGGGGCACGUUAGUGCGUCUGCAAAGUGUAACUAUGAAGCAUGUUGGCCUUCUUGUUCUUGUAUGUCAUGUGGAAUUCCUGCAUGCUCCCCCCUGCCACCAUCUUGGGGCACUUGAAAGGCCAAAUAAAUCUGCUCUGACUAGGC